GGACAACUUUAAACUUUUGGAACUGUCCAACAAACAUUCUCCAUUCGAUAAACAAACUUCCCUAUUGUAUAUUCUCAAGACUUAUUGUAAAUACCUCAAUAAUAGCUUUUUUCUUUCCAGUAAUCCCAAAUCGAAAUGUCUACUCACUCACAAGAAUUGGAUACUCCCAAGACACCUCCCGCCAAGGAGGUGAUACGCCCUCCUCAAGUCGGUGCCAAAGCGCCUGUACAUCCCAACCUCGCCCUCCCAACCGACAAGCCCACCAUCAUCGUCUUCUUGCGCCACUGCGGCUGUCCAUUCGCAGAAAAGACCUUCAAGAACCUGACCUCGCUCUCGACGCAGUACCCGGAGGUCCACUUCGUGGCGGUGUCGCACUCGUCGCCCGAGGCGACGGAGCGGUGGGUCGUGCACGUGGGCGGCAACUGGGAGGUCAACGUCGUCGUCGACUACGAGCGCGAGCUGUACGGGCAGUGGGGGUUGCCUAUCUCCAACACCUGGCACGUCUUCUCCCCCGUCACGCUCUACAACACGAUUAAGUUGGCCCGCGACGAGCACAUCUGGAACCGCCCGACUGAGAGCGGCAGCCGCUGGCAGACCGGCGGCGCCUUCGCGAUCGACCAGGAAGGGGUCGUGAGGUGGGCUAGGGUCGCCGCGUCCGCCGACGACGUGCCCGAUCUCGAGGCCGCGCUCAAGGGCCUCGGCGUCAAGGUCAAGCCUAAGCCGCCACCGGAGCCGAGGACGGAUGGGUUCUUGUGAGCCCCGUGUUUUUCUCGUGGGAGGCGUAUUACAGGCAUUCGAGCGAUUUGUUGGCGUAUAUGGAUACUUUGAAUUUGAAAAUUUCUUUUUACUAGUCUACAUUGGUUAUACCCGAUCAACGGUGCUAUGAGAUGAGUUUUACGACUAAUGACGGCUGAGGUACUGUUCUACUCAUUUUGGUGUCAUGGAAUGAGUAAUGAAGAUGUCUUGGUCGAUGCCUGGUCCUUCACCGACAUGUUCUACGAAGCAGUUCCUUUGAUUCAACCCUCCAAGCCAACUCUAACAGACCUAUCUCUUUAGAACUAGACUUACGUUUAUGCAUAACCCAAGUGUUACAAUUGACAAAAACCUCAUAGCUUUAGGAAACUGUUUUCUAGUGGGUGGCAAACUUGAGAGGUCGUUUACGAGCACUAUCCAACAUGAAAAUCUAACUUAUCGAACGGUUAAAGUUAUGAUGGAUGUCAAAUCUACAUGAACCCUGAAGUAAUAGUAACCUAAACUCUCUACAU